UUUUGGUUCCCCGAGGCCCAGUUUGGAUGUGCUGAUGGAGUCAUCCGAACUAAGGUCGGAUAUACAGGAGGAAAAAAGGAAUAUCCUACCUAUUAUAGCCUUGGGGACCACACAGAAACUGUACAGUUAGCGUAUGACCCAAAAGAAACAACAUACAGAAACCUUUUGUCAAUGUUCUGGGCCAACCAUGACUCAACUACCUGCCACAAAAACCAAUACAUGUCUGCUAUAUUCUACCAUGAUGAGGAACAACAACGAGAAGCUGAGAUGACUAAAGAAGAGCACCAGAAGAAAGUGAAGAAGUCUAUUGCGACAAAAGUCUUACCAGCAGAGAAGUUCUAUGAUGCUGAAAACUAUCACCAAAAAUAUAUACUAAGAAACACUCCAAAUCUGUUGGCAAGUUUGGGUCUUAACAAUGAAGAACUGAAGAACUCACAUGUUGCAGCAAGACUCAACGGGUACCUCGGGGGAUACUCUAAUCUGACCAAGUUUAAUGCUGAAGUGAGCAAGCUGGAUUUAAGUGAGGAACAAGCAGAUAUGGUUAGGAAGCUUAUUGCUUACAGAUAGUCUCUUCGUCCUUUGCAUGAGAAUCUAUUGAUAAAUAAAGGGGGGGGGGGCACAUGUAGACUGCAAGCAGUCCCUUGAUUUUUCUUAGUCACUAAUUUGGUUAAUUUGACAGAGGGAAGACUAGUAUCUAGGCUAAUAACCCUUGGGAAGGGGUGUGGGGAUGAGGGACAAAAGGAAAGAAAAGGGACUGCAGCCUUUAUGCUUUGGGUUUCUUGUUGAAUUCUGCUGUUGCUAUGGAAAAUUCAACACACUUACAAUGCUGUACAUUUGAAAUAAAUGUGAAGUACCACAUGUAAUAAAUUAUCCUUUUUUCUUGCACACAUUGUAUUGACCUUGUUUCUUUAGGUUUUUUUAUUUAUAUUCGAUUGCAUAAUAACCAAUGAAUCAUUUAAUUUAUGACGUAGUUAGUGUAGCAAUUUGCAACAAACAAGGCUACAGCAAGUCUGUCUUAUGACGUUUUGUGGUAAAUUUGGAGCAUUUCCAACUCUACAAAACUGAUGCCAAUGUGCUUUCUGUGUCRUCCUUAUGUUGCAAAUUCUCUUAUUUUAUAAUCACAAUCAUUAUGAUGAAACAACACAAAUUACCUUAUGCAAUGUAAUUUUAAAUAUAAAAUUUGUUAAGACGAAGAAUACUUUUCAUCCCUGAAGAAUAGUACUAAAUGCCCAAAAGCUUAGAAAUAAAUUACCUAUAAUCCAUGAAACUUUUAUAGCAAAAUUGUAUGGCAUUUUAGAGGCUGUAAGCUGGAAAAUAAAAACAUUUACAUUUUA